AUGAAAGCAUAUAAUGGCAAAGCACCCACUAAAAUCACUCCGUCUCCGCGUUCAGGCAUUGAAGAUUCAAUCGAGAAUCUUAAGAGCCUAAACAUCGAGCCUAUUCGCAGAAGCCCUCAGUCAGAUAGCAACAAAUGUCUUGCAACGGGGCAGUACACUCAUAGUCAUGCCCAUCCACGGAACGCAAUAACGACCCAUCUUAAAGCGGCCCACAUUAUUCCGUUUACACUUAGAUCCUUUCAGGCCAAUAACAGCGAGGCAGUGAAUAGACAUACAAUUAUUUGGACUAACCUAAGGCGCUACUUUCUAGUUCUUCUAAAAUUCGGUCAAUUCAGACUUAAUUUCGAAGCAAUCGGAUCUGCUUGUCAAGUUCAGAGUUCACAAAGUUGGGAACUUCCUGAUCCUCCACUUCUCGAAAUCCACGCUUGUAUUGGAAACUUCCUACAUAUGAGUGGCCAGGUAGAGAUAAUCGACAAGGCCCUGAAAGAUUUUGAAGACUGUGGUGGGAUUGCCCCAAGUGGAAGCACCAAUAUCGAAGACCUUCUUGCAGUGAGCGACCUCUCAAUGCUACCCUCGAAUGUCGACGAAACGUCCGAUUCCCAAAAGUUUACAGAGAGAAAAACCAUCCUACGGAGAGGCAAGACGCGUAUGGGCGAAAUCUCUUGA